AUGGCAGAUGACGACGGUGACUUUCUCCUCCUAUCAUCGGGUGCAUGGUAGCGCCGCUUUGCGUGGUAGAAAUAAAUGCAGUCAUUCACCUUAUCUAUACAUUUCUGGAAAAUGUAACGGAAUUGUACUUAGCUGGCGAAGUACAAUAAAACCGUAAGGCUAGCUGGCUAAUUUGUUUACACAACAGGUUCGGAUAUGACGGCAAUGCGUAUUCCAUUAGAAUCCUUGAGGGGGGAAGAUAAGGCGAUGGAACUUUCAGAUUUUAGACAUAGCAGGCGUCACCAGGCCACCUUUAGAUAGUAGCUAGCUGAUAUAGUUAUGCAACCCCUCGCAUUAAUUUACAGAAAAUAAUAAGCAUUUUUUUGUUGCAUUCAAACAUCUCACAAAUCAUUGACCAUAUAUGUAUGACCUUACUCAAAUCCAAAUACUGGAAUCAACCAUAACCCAGAUAAUGAUGACAUGGCAUUUAAUUAGUCAUCCAGCCCCCCUCAUUUUGACAUACAGACGGCUUAUCGCAUGUCAGACCAUGGCUACUUGGUGCUGAUUUCAAUGCCAAAAGCCAUUCGCUUACAUCUACCAUGAGCAAUUACAUAAUAGGCUUUGGAACCCCAUUCCAUAUGACUUUGCCGCUACCAAGGUUGCAAGGAUAUUGAAUUGACAUUCUUCGUUACAGCUAUUAUUAAGCUGUAUCUCUGACCUCAUUGCAGAUGAGGAAGAGGAGAUGUCAGAGAGCGAGGCCCCGAAGGUGAAGAAAAAGAAGAAGGCCAAAAGGAGCCGGGAGAGCAAAAGCAGCAAGAGGCGUAACUCUCGCAGAGAGGUAGGCUACUGUGAUAUGACCACGUCUCUAUCAUAUCUGUACGUUCUUGGGAUGCACCAUGUCCUGUUUGUCUACCUCUCGGUGGGGGACACACGCCACCUGUCGGAAGACAAUGUGCGUACGUCAUAACCCCCCUGUGUCCCCUCCAGGAUGUGCCUAUGAGCUCCCCCGAGCCCAUGGAGACCCCCGAGGUGGACAGGGACGAGGAGCGAGCGGUGCCCCACUCGGACAGCGAGGGCAGCGACUACAACCCGGGGAAGAAGAAGAAGAAGAACAGGGGGAGCAUCUCCAAGGAGAAGAAGAGGAGCAGCACCAGCACUGACAGAAACGGUGGAGGAAAGGACAAGAGGAAGGACCCUGAACCUGAGGAAGAGGAGGAUGAGGACGAUGAUGACGAUAGCUCGGUGAGAGUUUAGUUUGAGGAUGGAGAGAGUUGUGGAGGUGGGGAGAUGCCAUUAAAGUUGACCAAAUAAUAUUUCAUGGUGUUAAUUGAAUUAGUAGCUCCAUAGAAAGUGAUUGAAAAAGCUACCUAUAAUCUCUAGCUGUAGAUAAGUUGACAAUACUACCAUGCUGAGAGUUGACUACCACUAGGGUGCCUGGUAGCGGUAAGUGCAUUUAUGCAAGGACAUACUGUCACCAUGGCAACACAGAACUACCUGCCAUUGAAACUUUGUCAAGGCAAACAUUUGCCACAUGGUAUAACUGCAUGCGGUUUAAAAUAACCGAUGGUCCCCAAUGGUGGCAGGAAAGUGCUUUGUCCAAAGUCGUGCAAUAGUUAACAAAGACCUAGUAGUUAUUGAACACAAUCCCACCACAAUAGGCCAGUCAGUAAGGAAAAGACAGGAAAAUAACCACUUUUAAGCGAACUUUCAUGUUGAAUUGUCUCAUCUAGGAGCCUAAGACGUCAUCUCAGCUCCUGGAUGACUGGGGAAUGGAGGACAUUGACCACAUCUUCAGCGAAGAGGACUACCGCUCCCUCACCAACUAUAAGGCCUUCAGCCAAUAUGUCAGGUAACGAGAUUGUCCUUAUCAAUGCUUGCUGCAUGAAUUGUAUUUUAAGCAUCUCUUUCUUACCCCCAUUCAUUUGCUGUUCAACUUUUUGCUCUCAAACAUUUAGUCUCCUUUCUUCCCCUGAUCUCGUCUACUGUUUCACUCCUUUAUUUUUGUCCUCAUUACUCACCAUCCACCCCAUCUCUCCCUCAGACCCCUCAUCGCGGCCAAGAACCCCAAGAUCGCCGUGUCCAAGAUGAUGAUGGUACUGGGCGCCAAGUGGCGUGAGUUCAGCACCAACAACCCCCUGAGAGGCUCCGCCGCGGCCAACGCCGCCCUGGCCGCGGCCAACGUGUCUGCCGCCGUGGAGAGCAUGGUGGCGGAGGUCGCUCCCGCCCCGGUCGCCGAGCCCCAGCCACCAGUCGCCCCGCCUCUGAAAAAGGCCAAGACCAAAGAGGGCAAAGGUCCUAAUGCUCGUAAGAAAUCCAAGCCGACCCCCAAGCCUGCAGAGAAGAAGAAGGUGGCUACAAAGAAGGUAGCUCCACUCAAGAUCAAGCUAGGAGGCUUCAACAGCAAGAGGAAACGCUCCUCGGUAAGUGCUUUCACUUUCUUUUCCUCUCCUUCCUUUUCCUUUGUCACCUCACUCUAUGUACCUCUCCCCCAUUUGCAACCAUUUCCUCCUCUGAUUUUCUCUCCCCCCUUGCACCUGUUUAGGGGAAAUUGAUACUGUUAUAUAUCAGGAUAUUAUUUUUGGCGAUGUAUCGUUUUGACAAUAUCGCAAUAUUAUUUUUGCACUAGUUGGCUGUACCUGCACCAAAACUACUGUAUUUUUCCUUCAAAGCUUGUUCUCCAUCUUCUUUUUAAAUAAGGAGCCACUUUGUUUUCAUCACUUAUUUUGUAUAAUUUCAUUUACACAACAUGCCUACCGCUUUGAAGAUGAAAAAUAUGUUUUAAGACAAAAAAACAGAACUUGAGCUUGUAUAACUAUUCACCCUCCCAAAGUCAAUACUUUGUAGAGCCACCUUUUGCAGCAAUUACAGCUGCAAGUCUCUUGGGGUAUGUCUCUAUAAGCUUGGCACAUCUAGCCACUGGGAUUUUUGCCCCUUCUUCAAGGCAAAACUGCUCCAGCUCCUUCAAGUUGGAUGGGUUCCGCUGGUGUACAGCAAUCUUUAAGUCAUACCACAGCUUCUCAAUUGGAUUGAGGUCUGGGCUUUGACUAGGCCAUUCCAAGAUAUUUAAAUGUUUCCCUUAAACCACUCAAGUGUUGCUUUAGCAGUAUGCUUAGGGUCAUUGUCCUGCUGGAAGGUGAACCUCCGUCCCAGUCUCAAAUCUCUGGAAGACUGAAACAGGUUUCCCUCAAGAAUUUUCCUGUAUUUAGCGCCAUCCAUCAUUCCUUAAAUUCUGACCAGUUUCCCAGUCCCUGUCGUUGGGAAAAACAUCCCCACAGCAUGAUGCUGUCACCACCAUGCUUCACUGUGGGGAUGAGAGGUGUUGGGUUUGCGCCAGACAUAGCGUUUUCCUUGAUGGCCAAAAAGCUCAAUUCUAGUCUCAUCUGACCAGAGUACCUUCUUUCAUAUGUUUGGGGUGUCUCCCACAUGGCUUUUGGCAAACACCAAAUGUGUUUGCUUAUUUUUUUUCUGGCCACUCUUCCGUAAAGCCCAGCUCUGGAGUGUACGGCUUAAAGUGGUCCUAUGGACAGAUACUCUAAUCUCCGCUGUGGAGCUUUGCAGCUCCUUCAGGGUUAUCUUUGGUCUCUUUGUUGCCUCUGAUUAAUGCCCUCCUUGCCUGGUCCGUGAGUUUUGGUGGGCGGCCCUCUCUUGGCAGGUUUGUUGUGGUGCCAUAUUCUUCCAUUUUUUAAUAAUGGAUUUAAUGGUGCUCCGUGGGAUGUUAAAAGUUUCUGAUAUUUUUUUAUAACCCAACCCUGAUCGGUACUUCUCCACAACUUUGUCCCUGACCUGUUUGGAGAGCUCCUUGGUCUUCAUGGUGCCCCUUGCUUAGUGGUGUUGCAGACUCUGGGGCCUUUCAGAACAGGUGUUUAUAUACUGAGAUCAUGUGACACUUAGAUUGCACACAGGUGGACUUUAUUUAACUAAUUAUGUGACUUCUGAAGGUAAUUGGUUGCACCAAAUCUUAUUUAGGGUUUAUAGCAAAGGGGGUGAAUACAUAUGCACGCACCACUUUUCCGGUAUUAAUUUUUUAGAAUUUUUGGAAACAAGUAACUUUUUUAAUUUCACUUCACCAAUUUGGACUAUAAUGUGUAUGCCCAUUACAUGAAAUCCAAAUAAAAAUCCAUUUAAAUUACAGGUUGUAAUGCAACAAAAUAGGAAAAAACGCCAAGGGGAUGAAUACUUUUGCAAGGCACUGUAUGUUGUGAGCAAUAUGUUUGGAACAUCGAAUUGCAAUAAAAUCACAGCAUCGAAUCGCAAUGCAUAUAGAGUGGUAAUACAUAUCGUAUCGGGAUGGAAGUAUUGUGAUACUACCGUAUCGUGAGGUCCCUGUUAAUUCCCAGCCCUACUGUUUAGUCACCUCUUUCUCGCUCACUUUGACUUUGUUGAUGAUGACAAGAUGUAUAUUUGUUUUUGUCAUUUGGCAUAGAGGCCUUCAACCUAGACAUUUCUCAUGAAAAUAAAGUUCCUAACCCUUCUCUCGCUCUCUCUCUCUCUGGUUGUUCCUAUCAGAGUGAAGAGGAUGAGCCUGACGUGGAGAGUGACUUUGACGACGCCAGCAUGAACAGCGUGUCCGUGUCAGACGGCUCCAACAGCCGCAGCAGCCGCUCCAAGAAGCCCAAGAGCAAGCCCAAGAAGAAGAAGGGUCUGUACUCUGCAGGUGUGUGUCUCUCUCUUCCAUGGCUAUGAUCAACAGUUCUGGAAAAAAUUAAGAGACCACUGCAAAAUUAUCAGUUUCUCUGGUUUUACUAUUUAUAGGUAUGUGUUUGGGUAAAAUUGUACAUUUUUGUUUUAUUCUAUAAACUACUGACAACAUUUGUCCCAAAUUCCAAAUAAAAAUAUUGUCAUUUAGAGCAUUUAUUUGCAGAAAAUGACAAUUGGUCAAAAUAACAACAAAGAUGCAGUGUUGUCAGACCUCGAAUAAUGCAAAGAAAAUAAGUUCAUGUUCAUUUUUAAACAACAUAAUACUAAUGUUUUAACUUAGGAAGAGUUCAGAAAUCAAUAUUUGGUGGAAUAACCUGCUUUUCAAUCACAGCUUUCAUGUGUCUUGGCAUGCUCUCCACCAGUCUUUCACAUUGAUGUUGGGUGACUUUAUGCCACUCCUGGCGCAAAAAUUGAAGCAGCUCGGCUUUGUUUGAUGGCUUGUGACCAUCCAUCUUCCUCUUGAUCACAUUCCAGAAGUUUUCAAUGGGGUUCAGGUCUGGAGAUUGGGCUGGCCAUGACAGGGUCUUGAUCUGGUGGUCCUCCAUCCACACCUUGAUUGACCUGGCUGUGUGGCAUGGUGCAUUGUCCUGCUGGAAAAACCAAUCCUCAGAGUUGGGGAACAAUGUCAGAGCCAAUGGAAGCACAUUUUCUUCCAGGACAACCUUGUAUGUGGCUUGAUUCAUGUGUCCUUCACAAAGACAAAUCUGCCCGAUUCCAGCCUUGCUAAAGCACGCCCAGAUCAUCACCGAUCCUCCACCAAAUUUCACAGUGGGUGCGAGACACUGGCUUGUAGGCCUCUCCAGGUCUCCGUCUAACCAUUAGACGACCAGGUGUUGGGGAAGCUGAAAAUUGGACUCAUCAGAGAAGAUGACCUUACUCCUCUACGGUCCAAUCCUUAUGGUCUUUUGCAAACCUCAGCCUGGCUCUUCUUUGCUUCUCAUUGAUGAAGGGCUUUUUUCGAGCUUUGCACGACUUCAGUCCUGUCCCUAGGAGCCUGUUUCGAACCGUCCUCGCCGUGCACUUCACCCCAGCUGCCGUUUGCCAUUCUUUUUGUAGGUUACUUGAUGUCAUCCUACGGUUGUUGAGUGACAUUCGAAUGAGUUGGUGGUCAGUAGAGAGUUGUUUUUUCGCCCUCUGCCGGUCUGUAGCUUUGUUGUCCCCAAUAUCUGCUGCUUGACCUUGUUCUUAUGAACCGCCGUCUUUGACAUUUUAAGGAUGGAAGCAACCUGACGCUCACUGUAUCCCUCUGUCAGUAAAGCCAGAAUUGAACCCUUCUUUUCCUCACUCAAAACUUUAUUUUUCAACUCUUUUGGCAUGGUCAAUAGUUAUUUUUUGAUUAAUAUUACAUUAGAGGUACUAUUAGCACUGUUUUUGCCAUCCAGCUGGUCCUAUUGCAAGAGGAUAGUGAUGACCACAGCAGUGGUUUUUAUACUUUCCCUCGUUAAACAAGAUUUGGUUCAGGUGAUCACCUAAUCAGUACCUAAUUCUGUAGAAUGAGGUGUGCCUGUGUUGGAAAUCAACAGACACUGGAAUGGAAUGGCUGUCAUACAUGUAGAGAUGCUGAUUUAAGAAACAUUUGCAGUGGUCUCUUAAUUUUUUCCAGAGCUGUAUAUCUCAACCCCAAGAAGUUGUGUGUAUGUAUAUCAUCCAUGGCUGUGAUGCAGUAUGUCUCAAACCCAAUAAAAAGUGGUCUUGCGUUGCUAGACUCUACAGCUGUAGUUUGGACGUGUAUGCAUGUCCAAUCUUAUGAGUCACUAGAAGAUUAUACGUUUUCAGUAGGGCAGCAUCCAGCGUCUAUUUCCUUUAAAUAGUUUGUCACACCUUUUGGCGCAUUCAGCAGACAAUCUUUUCCGUCAGAGCAUCGAUACAUAUUGCCCAGAAGUUUGAAAUGCUUCCUAGAUGCAAUUGCAUAUGACGUACUCCACCUACACAGCAAAAGGGAGAGACAAAAAACGAUGUGCAUUCCAUAAUGUUUCAUUCUACAGCACUUUUUUAAAUGGUUAGUUUCGGCCGAACACUCUGAUUGAUUAAAAUGUGCGUUCCUGCUAUGGAUUCCUCACAGUAUGUAACCGCUAAAGUGUUAUAGCCUGCACUGUUGGAGCUAGGAACACAAGCAUUUCGCUACACUCACAAUAACAGAUGCUAAAUAUGUGUAUGUGACCAAUAAAAUUUGAUUUGAUUACUGGUAUUUCAUUAUGGUGCUCGUCAAACAACAACAACAACAACAACAAUAAUGUUGAAAGGGCAUUCUUUUUUUGGUGGAGUUUUGUUCAGGAAGUACCGUAUCUAGUUUGAUUUGCUCUCACCCACUUCUCUCCUCCUAUUCCUUCUCUCCAGUUGAGGAGGAUGGUGACGGCUAUGAGACUGACCACCAGGACUACUGUGAGGUGUGCCAGCAGGGAGGGGAGAUCAUUCUGUGCGACACCUGUCCCAGGGCCUACCACAUGGUGUGUCUGGACCCUGACAUGGAGAACGCCCCAGAGGGCACCUGGAGCUGCCCACACUGCGUGAGUGACACCUUCCUCAGCCAAUGAAUGGUUCUGUGGAGUAAGUGACAGGGCAAUAUGCUACUGGUCAGCCAAUGAUCAAUUGGAGUUUGGUCGAGGGUAACGAGGAGCUAUUCAUAUUGACAACCAUUAGUCAAUGAUCAUAAACCACUAGCUUGUAGUAAUGUGGUAUAUGCUGGUACUAUUUCCUUUCAAAUUGCUCCAGUGCAUAACCAUCUUCGCUCCCCUACCAGUCAAACAGUUAACCCUUUCCCGUUGCUCUACUACCAUUCACAUUAACCCCUUCCCUCUCCCAUCCACAGGAGAAGGAGGGCAAACAGUGGGAGGCGCGGGAGGAGGGCUCAGAAGAAGAGGAGGAGGAGGAGGUGGAGGCCGAGCCAGAGGAGGACGACCACCACAUGGAGUUCUGCAGGGUGUGUAAGGAUGGUGGCGAGCUGCUCUGCUGCGACUCCUGUCCCUCCUCCUACCACAUACACUGUCUCAACCCGCCCCUGCCUGAGAUCCCCAACGGAGAGUGGAUCUGCCCCCGCUGCACUGUGAGUGAACUAUGAGUAAAUCAAUGGGGUGGGACCCGGAGGGUCAUUGACACGGGGCACAGCCAGUUACACAGGGUAAAGUGAAUUCUACCUCCCAAAUUGUAACCUAUCCCCUACCCCCUUGGGUUGUGUAUGGGAAAACAAAAAUACUAAAUGAUUAAACACAAUGUAACAUUACCUAGCUUAUCUGUAGAUAAGGAGUUUUCACCAUGUCAUUAUGAUCAGUUGAGUGGUUUUUAAGACGUUUGUGACCUAUUCAUUGACACUUUCCUCUCCUCCUCAGUGUCCACCCAUGAAGGGCAAGGUGCAGAAGAUUCUGACGUGGCGCUGGGGCGACCCCCCUCCGCCCACGCCCAUCCCCCGCCCCCCAGACCUCCUGGCUGACCAGCCCGACCCCACCCCUCUUGCUGGGCGCCCUGAGAGGGAGUUCUUCGCCAAGUGGAGCAACAUGUCCUACUGGCACUGCUCCUGGGUGUCUGAGCUGCAGGUAUGUACACAAAGACUUACGCUUGGCCACUACGUUAGAGGAAAUGGCACUCGUAAACACCUACUCUCAGUUGAGUUGUUGCACAUCUAAUUUUUGCUUCUCAGGCGCACACACACACACAGAAACAGACAUUCAAACAGACACUCUUCUUUCUCGCUGAAAUGGAUUAGAGAAGAGAAUGUUGCGCCAACGUUCGAGAACACACACACAUCCCUCUCUCACCCACCCUUUCCCUGUCUCCAGUUGGAGCUGCAUUGUCAGGUGAUGUUCAGGAACUACCAGAGGAAGAACGACAUGGACGAGCCUCCUUCAAUAGACUUCGGCGAGGGCGAUGAGGAAAAGAGCACCAAGAGGAAGGCCAAGGACCCACUCUACGCCAAGAUGGAGGAGAAGUACUACCGCUUCGGCAUCAAGAUUGCCUGGAUGAUGAUCCACCGCAUCCUCAACCACAGGUCAGACUAGACUCAAGGACUGGCUCCUAAAUGUGAUUCAAAUGCAUUUUAGUCUCAUUGAGAGUUAACAUUUCCAAAAUAGAAGCAGAUUUUUAGUUGCAAGGCCAGACACCUAGUCGUACACUUUGUAAAAAGAGUGUCUAAUCAGGAUUUUGCCUUCAAUGGAAAGGAGAACUCCUGCACACUUGAUUAACUCUGCAUGUUUUGUUUGUCAGGUAAAGGUUUUAUUCUCAUGGUGCAAAUGUGCCAUUGGUCAAAGCAAUAAUUUAAACCAAUCAGUCAACUGCUCGUCGAACAUCUCAUUCCAAAAUCAUGGGCAUUAAUAUGGAGUUGGUCCCCCCUUUGCUACUAUAACAGCCUCCACUCUUCUGGGAAGGCUUUCCACUUGAUGUUGGAACAUUGCUGCGGGGACUUGCUUCCAUUCAGCCACGAGCAUUAGUGAGGUCAGGCACUGAUGUUGGGCGAUUAGGCCUGGCUUGCAGUCGUCGUUCCAAUUCAUCCCAAAGGUGUUUGAUGGGGUUGAGGUCAGGGCUCUGUGCAGGCCAGUCAAGUUCUUCCACACCGAUCUCGACAAACCAUUUCUGUAUGGACCUCGCUUUGUGCACGGUGGCAUUGUCUUGCUGAAACAGGAAAGGACCUUCCACAAACUGUUGCCACAAAGUUGGAAGCACAGUAUCGUCUAGAAUGUCAUUGUAUGCUGUAGCGUUAAGAUUUCCCUUCACUGGAACUAAGGAGCCUGAACCAUGAAAAACAGCCCCAGACCAUUAUUCCUCCUCCAGAGAACGUGUUUCCACUGCUCCAGAGCCCAACGGCAGCGAGCUUUACACCACUCCAGCCGACGCUUGGCAUUGCGCAGGGUGAUCAUAGGCUUGUGUGCGGCUGCUCGGCCAUGGAAACCCAUUUCAUGAAGCUCCCGAUGAACAGUUAUUGUGCUGACGUUGCUUCCAGAGGCAGUUUGAAACUCUGUAGUAAGUGUUACGCUUCAGCACUCGGCGGUCCCGUUCUGUGAGCUUGUGGCCUACCACUUCGCGGCUGAGCCGUUGUUACUCCUAGACGUUUCCACUUCACAAUAACAGCACUUACAAUUGACCGGGGCAGCUCUAGCAGGGCAGAAAUUUGACAAACUGACUUGUUGGAAAGGUGGCAUCCUAAGACAGUGCCACGUUGAAAGUCACUGACCUUUUCAGUAAGGCCAUUCUACUGCCAAUGUUUGUCUAUGGAGAUUGCAUGGCUGUCUGCUCAAUUUUAUACACCUGUCAGCAACGGGUGUGGCGGAAAUAGCCGAAUCCACUAAUUUGAAGGGGUGUCCACAUACUUUUGUGUAUAUAUAAUAUACCUACCGGAUUUAAUUGGCAAAGUUGCAAACCAAGUUUUGUCUGUUUGUGAGCUGCAGUCAGGACAAGAAGAACAACGUCCACUACCUCAUCAAGUGGAAAGACCUGGCCUACGACCAGGCCACCUGGGAGGCCGAGGACAUGGACAUCCCAGAGUUUGACGUCUUCAGACAGCAGUACUGGAACCACAGGUGACUAAUGCAUUAUUGCCACCUUCUCUACAGUGCGUAGGUGGAAUGGAGAAGGAGUUUCUUCUUUCUCCCCUUGUCUGUUUCCGAGGGUAACACUAUUCUCUCUCGUCUGUUUCAGGGAGCUGAUGAUGGGCGACGAGGGUAAACCAGGGAAGAAGAUCAAGGUGAAAGGCAAGACGAAGAGGCUGGACCGGCCUCCUGAGAACCCUGUCGUGGACGUAAGUGGAGUUGUAACUUUUAUCGGAGAUAUGGUUUCUCGUGAUUUAUCAGGUAUUCUUGAUCAUCAUAAAUUGUUCAGUAUCUUACUGUUAAAAUGGCCUUUUAGCCUCUCCUUUUCUGCGGCUUUGUUGUUCCAAUCACAUGAUAAAUCCCUAAUGGGGCGUAUUUACUGCUUAGUAGUGUGUCUUGACUUCAACAGUAACUCACUGUUCUUCUCCACCCCCACCCCCCCUCUUAAGCCCACCAUCAAGUUUGAGCGUCAGCCUGACUACCUGGACAGUACAGGGGGCAACCUGCACCCCUACCAGCUGGAGGGUCUCAACUGGCUGCGUUUCUCCUGGGCACAGGGCACAGACACUAUCCUGGCUGACGAGAUGGGACUGGGCAAGACUGUGCAGACUGCCGUGUUCCUCUACUCACUCUACAAAGAGGUAUGUGUGUGUAGGAGAAUGAGAGUGAAAGUGGGUCUUUCUAUUUACUAGGGUACCAGUGAGGAUUUCCUACGCUGGACAACUUGUUACAGCUGUUGAUAAGUCAUUGAUAAUAAUCUACAAAUUUCUUUUUACGUCAUUACUUUAAGAUAUGAGGGAGAAACGUUGCUAUAUUCAAUGAAAUGCAGAAGUUGAUUUAAAACCUUUAUCGUGGUUGCUGUCUUUACGGAUUUGUCCAAAAUCAUGAUAUAAAACAUCACUUUUUUGUCCUUGCAUUUAUGGCAGUGUAAGUUGUCAUAUACAUUUACAUUUUAGUCAUUUAGCAGACGCUCUUAUCCAGAGUGACUUACAGUUUGUGAGUGCAUACAUUAUUAUUUUUAUUUUUCAUACCGUGGGAAUCGAACCCACAACCGUGGCGUUGCAAACGCCAUGCUCUACCAACUGAGCUACAUCCCUGCCGGCCAUUCCCUCCCCUACCCUGGACGACGCUGGGCCAAUUGUGCGCCGCCCCUUGGGACAUAUCUCAUACACUACAUGGCAAAAAGUAUGUGGACACCCCUUCAAAUUAGUGGAUUUGGCUAUUUCAGCCACACCCGUUGCUGACAGGUGUAUAAAAUUGAGCAGACAGCCAUGCAAUCUCCAUAGACAAACAUCAGCAGUAGAAUGGCCUGUACUGAAGAGCUCCGUGACUUUCAACAUGGCACCGUCAUAGGAUGCUACCUUUCCAAUAUGUCAGUUUGUCAAAUUUCUGCCCUGCUAGAGCUUCCCCGGUCAGCUGUAAGUGCUGUUAUUGUAAAGGAACGUCAGCACAAGAAUUGUUCGUCGGGAGAUUCAUGAAUUGGGUUUCCAUGGCCGAGUGCCGGCUGGGGUGGUGUAAAGCUCACCGCCAUUGGGCUCUGUAGCAGUGGAAACGCGUUCUCUGGAGUGAUGAAUCACACUUCACCAUCUGGCAGUCAGAUGGACAAAUCUGGGUUUGGCGGAUGCCAGGAGAACGCUACCUGCCCCAAUGCAUAGUGCCAACUGUAACAUUUGGUGGAGGAGGACUAAUGGUCUGGGGCUGUUUUUCAUGGUUUGGGCUAUGCCCCUUAGUUCCAGUGAAGGGAAAUCUUAUCGCUACAGCAUACAAUGACAUUCUAUAUACAAUUCUGUGAUUCCAACUUUGUGGCAACAGUUUGGGGAAGGCCCUUUCGUGUUUGAGCAUGACAAUGCCCCCGUGCACAAAGCGAGGUCCACGCAAAAAUGGUUUGUCGAGAUCGGUGUGGAAUAACUUGACUGGCCUGCACAGAGCCCUGACCUCAACCCCAUCAAACACCUUUGGGAUGAUAAAAUAAAAUUGUAUUUGUCACAAGCGCCGAAUACAACAGUUGUAGAACUUAGUGUGAAAUGCUUACUUACAUACCCUUAACCAACAAUGCAGUUCAAGGAAUAGAGUUAAGAAAAUAUUUACUAAAUAAACUAAAGUAAAAAGUAACAUAAUAAAAUAAUGAGGCUAUAUACAGGGUGUACUGGUACUGAGUCAAUGUGCGGUGGUAUAGGUUAGUCGAGGUAAUUUGUACAUGUAAGUAGGGGUAACGUGACUAUGCAAAUGGAUAAUAACAGCGAGUAGCAGCAGUAAUUUGGAAUGCCAACUGCGAGCCAGGCCUAAUCACCCAACAUCGGUGCCCGACCUCACUAAUGCUCUUGUGGCUGAAUGGAAGCAAGUCCCCGCGGCAAUGUUCCAACAUCUAGUGGAAAGCCUUCACUGAAGAGUGGAGGCUGUUAUAGCUGCAACUCUAUAUUAAUGACCAUGAUUUUGGAAUGAGAUGUUUGAUGAACAGGUGUCCACAUACUAUUGGCCAUGUAGUGUAUAUUAAGGAUUAAUCAAUAUAUUAGGCUUUAUCUGUACAAUUAUAUAAACUAUACAAUUGUAUAACAUCGAGUUCCUUGAAAAUUACAAUUUAAGUGCUUGAAAAAGGCCCUGAAAGUCCUUGAAUUUGACUUGCCAAUGUCUGUAUGAACCCUGCUUAAAGGAUGUAUAGUCCUAGACCUAUGUUGUUGUUGUUGUUGUAUAGGUGGAGUUUGCACAUAUUUCUCUUAAGUACACAUGUGGAACUGCAUAAAAAUCAUUUAUAUUUUUGUUUCAAACCAUUUUGAAAUGUUUAUCCCAAUGUCACACAUUGGCCCCAUUUUAUUUAUAGAAAUGCCCAUGUGUUGAAGAGUGCCCAAGUGUGUUAGUUAACUUUCAACUUGAACUUUCAAAAGAUAAUAACUAUAGCUUCUAAACAAUGACAUUUAUCAACAAGUAAAAAGUUUGAUGUUUUUUUGCUAAGGCUAAAUGGUGAAGUGGUAGCCAUUUAUUUCAAUAGGAACUGAUCAGAAAUGCCAACUUGGCAGCCCUAUAGACAAUACCAACCAGCCCAGCCAUUUUGUAUAAUAUGUCAGGUGAAAUCUGACGACAUUAAGCUUGAGCUUUGUCAACACUCUUGGGGGGUGAUCACAUGGAGACUACUGCCACCUAUUGGUCGGAGUGUAGAAUGCAAUGCCUUUGACAACAUAUCUUAACAUUCUAAUUAUACAAAUAUAAAUGUUACAUCAUUUAUAUUUAUUAAAUUAGCUGUGGCUCAGUUGGUAGAGCAUGGCACUUGCAACACCAAGGGUAGUGGGUUUGAUUCCCGCUGGGGCCACCCAUACAAAUUGUCUUCUUUUCAAUUUAAAUGUUUUCUUUCCCCCUCAUAGGGUCACUCCAAGGGCCCGUUCCUGGUGAGCGCCCCCCUGUCUACCAUCAUUAACUGGGAAAGAGAGUUUGAGAUGUGGGCCCCGGACAUGUACGUGGUGACCUACGUAGGAGACAAGGACAGCAGAGCCGUCAUCAGAGAGAACGAGUUCUCCUUCGAGAACAACGCCAUCCGUGGAGGCAAGAGAGCUUCUAAGAUGAAGGUGAGAAUUUUUUUAAAAUAGAACUGUCGUUUUCAACAAAGUUAGUGUUCUUUUGAAGUAAGGAAAUACCUGUUUUUUUGUGUCAAUAUGUCAUGAUAACAUCCCUCCUUCAAUGAUAUGCUGGUGUGCGUCACGUUUUGAACCGUUCCCCCCUGUCGUGGCCAUGUAGAAAGACUCAUCGGUCAAGUUCCAUGUGCUGCUGACGUCCUAUGAGUUGAUCACCAUUGACAUGGCCAUCCUAGGAUCCAUAGACUGGGCCUGUCUGGUGGUCGAUGAGGCCCACAGGCUCAAAAACAACCAGUCCAAGGUGAGAGAUUAUAGUUGUGAGGGUUUAAAGGGCUUGCAUUAUGGAGGUAGUUUCUUUGUUAUGUGCAACAUAUUCCCUUAUACUUCCAAAUUGUUAUUUUUCCUGAAUAAGGGCAAUGAGGCAUCCCAAAUUCUAUUUCUCAUUAUUUGGAUAUCCUCAUUGUACAAUGAAACUUCACCUAAACUGGUAUGGCUGAAAGUACCAUUGAGAAAUACAAAAGUGUGCCUUUUUUUAGUUUAGUAACACUCUGUUUUCUCUCUCCUACAGUUCUUCAGGGUGCUGAACAACUAUCCUCUCCAGCACAAGCUGCUACUGACCGGUACACCUCUACAGAACAACCUGGAAGAGUUGUUCCACCUGCUCAACUUCCUCACGCCAGAGAGAUUCAGGUGUGUGUGUGUGUGUGUGCACACACAUUCUGACCACAUUACUCAAACAUUACUUUCCCACUCAAUCUCAACGACCACUUCACAUCACCUGUAUUACACCCCACUCAUCUUAGACCAGUUAUUAUAGAGUUAACCAUUACUUACUUUCCUGCAUCUUCCUCUCUCUGUAGUAACCUGGAGGGUUUCCUGGAAGAGUUUGCUGACAUCGCCAAAGAGGACCAGAUCAAGAAGCUGCAUGACAUGCUGGGACCCCACAUGCUCAGGAGACUGAAGGCUGACGUCUUCAAACACAUGCCCUCCAAGACUGAGCUCAUCGUCAGGGUGGAGCUCAGCCCCAUGCAGAAGUGAGUGAGCGUGGGAAAGUGCAUAGAGGGAGGGAUAUGGUGUGGUGAAGGGGUAAAUUGAAUAGUGGCAACCCAAUUUUAUGUGCUGUCUAACUUGGUUAAAGGGGUGAUGUGAUCAAAUAUAUAUAGUUAGAAUGAUUAGUUAUCUUCCGUAGACUUUACUUAAACACAAUCUUCCCUUGGGUUACUCAACUCAUGAGAACUUUACAAUAAAAUUGGACUGUGGAAGUGGUAUUAAAUGUGGAUUUUCUUAUUGUCUUUUUCUUGAUCUUUUUAGGAAGUACUACAAAUUUAUCCUCACCCGUAACUUUGAGGCCCUGAACACGCGCAGUGGUGGAAACCAAGUAUCCCUGCUCAAUGUGGUGAUGGAUCUCAAGAAGUGCUGCAAUCACCCCUACCUCUUCCCUGUGGCUGCCAUGGUACGACCCACAUACUAAUACAUUUGAAUGGGAAUGGACCAUGCUAUUGGGAUGGCUGGGUGGGUGGGGGGGGGGGGGGGGGGGGGGGCAUUAAUUUUGUAUAUGCAGUCUUAGAUACUAUUUGCAUCUAGCAGUGUCAUGAAUAUGCAUUAUAACUUUUGUAGUCUUUUGCUGUAAGGCUCUAUAUAGCUGAGGCUCUUACUCUUGAUUGGUCCCCCCCAAUACAGGAAGCCCCAAAGAUGCCCAAUGGGAUGUACGACGGUAGCGCCCUCACCAAGUCUGCCGGGAAACUGACGCUAUUGCAGAAGAUGAUGAGAAAGCUGAAAGACGGAGGGCACAGAGUUCUCAUCUUCUCUCAGGUUAGUUAACCAACACAAACACACAUUCAAGAAGGAUUCAAACAUUUCAAAGGUCUUGGAUACAAAAAGCACAAACCUCACAUGGACACUGCUUACUCUUGUAGAUUGUGUUAUAGAUUUGAAGAUUAUUUUGCCUCUCAUGCAUCAACUUUAUUUGUUUACUCACCGCCCAUUCACUCCCUCUGUCGUAGAUGACCAAGAUGCUUGACCUGCUGGAGGACUUCCUGGAGAACGAGGGCUACAAGUACGAGCGUAUCGACGGAAGCAUCACCGGGGGCAUGAGACAGGAAGCCAUCGACAGAUUCAAUGGUGAGGCUCACCCCACACUGACUUCCUCAUUCACUCUACUAGAUCACUAAUGAGUAUACUACAAUUUCAGAGUGACUAUUAUAUAGUUGAGUCUUUAGAUCUAAAUUAGGUGUAUAUAUCCUAUCAUUGUUUGUUAUCUAGAGUGAUUGAUAUAAAUAAUAAUUGAUGUAGAAAUCAAAAAGUGGUUUCGGUGGUGGGUGUGGUCGGCCCAUCGGUGCAGCUGAAUUUGUUCCGGUUCCUGGGCAAGAACAUUUUUAGAGGCCACUAUAUUGGUGCUGUAGAUACAGUUUGGCAUGUUUAAGCCAAUUUACUGCAAUUCUACACAUUUCUUCAUGGAAAUGUUUCAGUUUUAAAGCUAAUUUCCUGCGAUUUAACAUUCUGCCUUGGCGCUAAGAGUUUUGCAGUUUUAAAGCUAAUGUUCUGCAAUGCCAUGGCUAAUGCUGUUUUCUUAUGCUCAAACAUAAUAACAAAAUCAAUAAUCCUGAAUUCAUAGGGCCUAUUGCUACCAUGGAUGGCCACUAGAUUAUCGGCAGCUGAUCUCUCGUUAAAUCGUCAAUAUGUGCUAAAAUCACCUGCACAGCUGAUCAGGGGUCCCACGUAGCUCAGUUGGUAGAGCAUGGUGCUUGCAAUGUCAGGGUUGUGGGUUCGAUUCCCACGAGGGACCAGUAUGAAAAUAUAUGCAGUUAAGAGCAUCUGCUAAAUGACUAAAAUGUCAAUCUCAAUUGCACCCAAUAUUGGUCACCUUUUAAUGCUCCCUAAAGCUGAUGUUGGGGUUAACUUGUAGUCCCCCUUCCAACCAAAGUCUUUCAAGAUACUGUAUGUUCGCCCUCUGGUCGGUAUUAUCAUCAGAAUAACUUAUUCUUACUUAUUGAGCAGACUAAGGGCGAUUUUAAUGUAUUUGACAAUCAUUCUGUACAACUGAAAUAAAGUAUUGCAAUUUACCCGACACGUUGUAUGAAUGGAAAACUAAUGUUGGUGUAGCCUACUCUUUUAUUAGUUUCCCCAAUUUAUGUAAUCCAAUACAACUGUAUUUAAAGGAAAAUUGACUUUUAUGAUCAGAUUGGGUGUAAAAUAGAUUCCUUUUUUUUCAUAUUUGAAAUGUGUAGCCUAACUAAAUCAAGUCAAUCGUAAAUGAGUUUUUAUAUAUAUACAGCUACAGAAAAAAAUAAGAGACCAAUGCAAAAUUAUCAGUUUCUCUGGUUUUACUAUUUAUAGGUAUGUGUUUGGGUAAAAUUUUAAUUUUUUGUUUUAUUCUAUAUAAACUGACAUUUCUCCCAAAUUCCAAUUAAAAAUAUAACAAAAAAGAUGCAGUGUUGUCAGACCUCGAAUAAUGCAAAGAAAAUAAGUUCAUGUUCAUUUUUAAACAACAUAAUACUAAUGUUUUAACUUAGGAAGAGUUCAGAAAUCAAUAUUUGGUGGAAUAACCUGCUUUUCAAUCACAGCUUUCAUGCGUCUUGGCAUGCUCUCCACCAGUCUUUCACAUUGAUGUUGGGUGACUUUAUGCCACUCCUGGCGCAAAAAUUCAAGCAGCUCUGCUUUGUUUGAUGGCUUGUGACCAUCCAUCUUCCUCUUGAUCACAUUCCAGAAGUUUUCAAUGGGGUUCAGGUCUGGAGAUUGGGCUGGCCAUGACAGGGUCUUGAUCUGGUGGUCCUCCAUCCACACCUUGAUUGACCUGGCUGUGUGGCAUGGUGCAUUGUCCUGCUGGAAAAACCAAUCCUCAGAGUUGGGGAACAAUGUCAGAGCAAAAGGAAGCACAUUUUCUUCCAGGACAUCCUUGUACGUGGCUUGAUUCAUGCGUCCUUCACAAAGACAAAUCUGCCUGAUUCCAGCCUUGCUGAAGAACGCCCAGAUCAUCACCGAUCCUCCACCAAAUUUCACAGUGGGUGCGAGACACUGUGGCUUUUAGGCCUCUCCAGGUCUCCGUCUAACCAUUAGACGACCAGGUGUUGGGCAAAGCUGAAAAUUGGACUCAUCAGAGAAGAUGACCUUACUCCAGUCCUCUACGGUCCAAUCCUUAUGGUCUUUUGCAAACCUCAGCCUGGCUCUUCUUUGCUUCUCAUUGAUGAAGGGCUUUUUUCUAGCUUUGCACGACUUCAGCCCUGCACCUAGGAGCCUGUUUCGAACCAUCCUCGCCGUGCACUUCACCCCAGCUGCUGUUUGCCAUUAUUUUUGUAGGUCACUUGAUGUCAUCCUACGGUUGUUGAGUGACAUUCAAAUGAGUUGGCGGUCAUCCCGGUCAGUAGAGAGUCGUUUUUUCGCCCUCUGCCGGUCUGUAGCUUUGUUGUCCCCAAUAUCUGCUGCUUGAUCUUGUUCUUAUGAACCGCCGUCUUUGACAUUUUAAGGAUGGAAGCAACCUGACGCUCACUGUAUCCCUCUGCCAGAAUUGAACCCUUCUUUUGCUCACUCAAAACUUUCCUUUUCAACUCUUUUGGCAUGGUCAAUAGUUAUUUUUUUGAUUAAUAUUACUUUAGAGGUACUAUUAGCACUGUUUUUGCCAUCCAGCUGGUCCUAUUGCAAGAGGAUGGUGAUGCCCACAGUAGUGUUUUUUAUACUUUUCCUCGUUAAAUAAGAUUUAGUUCAGGUGAUCACCUAAUCAGUACCUAAUUCAGUAGAAUGAGGUGCGCCUGUGUUGGAAUUCAACAGACACUGGAAUGGAAUGGCUGUCAUACAUGUAGAGAUGCUGAUUGAAGAAAAAUUUGCAGUGGUCUCUUAAUUUUUUCCAUAUGCCUAAUCUGUAUUCUUUUUUAAAAUCAAAUGAAAUGCCAUUUUAAGCUGAAACAUUUGAAUGAAAUAGGCUGUAGGACUACUAGGCUACUCCUAUUCUUAUAGUAAGCUAUUUUACAUUCAUCAGCCUUAGGGUUUCCGAUGCUCCUGAUAUGUCUUUAUUUCAUUGGGGUGGUAAUAGAGAAUUUAGACGACGAAAGUUGCAGCUGUCUGAUAUCAACGUACGGUCAUCUAAAUCACUGGUUUGUUCUUGCAAUCAAGCUGGUUUUAGCACGCCGGUGCAUGUAAUCUCAAGUUAAUAUGGUUUUCAGAAAACCAGCGAUAACACGGUGCGCCAUCGGAAGUUCUGCGUCUUCGUUGCAGUUUUUGGAAUUUUUAAUUCUCCCUGACUGUCUAGCUUUUAUUGUGGUUCUCAAAGAUUAUAUUGUAAAAAAAUAUAUAGGUCCAUUAUCUUUUCUAGAUAGUUUACCCGGUUUUAGUUGUUUAAAUAGGGAAUUCUCAGUAGGGGGAUAUGGCACCACUGGCCACCCCACCACCGUUAUUGUUGGCGAGCUGAGGAGCGUCAUACACACUUAUUUUUGCAGUACAUAUUGUGCUCGUCUAUUGCGAGUGCAAUGAUGUCCGAGGAGAAAAACCAUGUUCGUUGUUUGUAGUAACUGCUUUCUUGUUGUAAUAUCGAACACUUAUUACUGUUUCACCAUUUCAGGAUUCCAGCUCAAAGUUUACACUGAAUGCGUUUUUCCAUCCCGAAAAUACAAUUAUAAUUACUUUUUUACACUGUUUGGAUUUAGGCGGCCUGAAAAAACACUUAAGCAGCCCACCCAAGCAUUUUCUAUGCAGAAAAAUCGCUGGAAAGUGAACGAUAUAAAGAUAAAGCAAGUGGUUGAUGUAAAUAUAGCUAGUUAUUGAUGUAGAAAGUGAUUGAUAUAUAGGUAUAGUGAUAGGUCUGAGUGGUUGAUCUGUUUGUUCCCAAGCUCCGGGAGCGCUGCAGUUUGCCUUCCUGCUGUCAACGAGAGCUGGAGGUCUGGGUAUCAACCUGGCCACCGCCGACACUGUCAUCAUCUACGACUCCGACUGGAACCCUCACAACGACAUCCAGGUAACACACUUGGAACCGUCACACACAGGCCCAAGCCCAAUGAUCUUCAAGAAUUUGAUUAGUAUAAGUAAUAUGGUGAACCUAGCCUAUCAGAGGGCAAGGUGGAGCUAUUACCAUAUUGCUUACACCUGUCCAAUCCAAUCCGAUCUCAACAAGUGCUUAGGGAUCGAUUUUAGGAUUGGGCCAUUCACCAUCUCCUUGUUCUCCAUUAUAUAAACGUUUAUUAAGGUGGUUGCAAGGAUGAAAGGUUCAUACAGUUUGUCUCUGUCACUUCCUCGACUCAGGCGUUCAGCAGAGCUCACCGUAUCGGACAGAACAAGAAGGUGAUGAUCUACCGCUUCGUCACAAAGGCCUCUGUGGAGGAGAGGAUCACUCAGGUAAAGAGGCUGUCACCUCUCCUGCACCAUCACAAUGACCUCUUCACAACGCAACACAACAAUCUGUAUCAUAGAAAUGCUACCUUGUUGAUGGAUCCAAUGAAUGUUGUGUGUGAAACCGAGCCUUGUCUGUCAGCGCUACUCAUUUAAUUUCCUUGGCCUAUAUGGGCAGAAAGAAAGUCAAUGCAGACAUUGAAACGGCCAUGUUUCCUACCUCUCCAGGUUGCCAAAAAGAAGAUGAUGUUGACCCACUUGGUGGUACGUCCUGGUCUGGGCUCCAAGACGGGCUCCAUGUCCAAACAGGAGCUGGACGACAUCCUCAAGUUCGGCACGGAGGAGCUGUUCAAGGAUGAGCUUGGAAAGGGGGACAAAGAAGGUAAAGAAAAUUCCUGCUGUUGUAAACAUGGAUGGCUGGGGGGAUGGCUGGAUAGGUGGAAUAGUGGAGUGGAUGGUUGUUCGUCUGUCAAAUCACCUUUCAGUUGGCUUGAAAGUGAGCAAUGAAAUGUCCUCUUUUUAUUUUUACCUGCCCACAGCAGGUUACUGGAAGCGUGUUGCAGGUGAACAGAAAACGAGCAAAGGCCAGCAGAUACGAACAGUCAAAUAAGCUGAUAGUUUGUUGUUUAUUACUUAUUAGGUGAAAUUAUCAACAUUUCUAACAUUUCCCCCCCAUAACUUAAUCGAGCAUCUGACCAGAUUACAUAAGGUUUUCAUUCUGGGUAAACCGAGAUUAAUAACAUCAUAAUGAUGUGAAGAUGUUUAGAGCAGAUGUUGUUCAAGAUAAGGUUAUGAAAAUGUUUAACACGUUCUGAUAAUGUUUAGACCAUGUUCUGAUAAUGUUUAGAUGGAACAUGUCCAUAAUGUCAUGAUAAUGUUCCCCAGGUGAGAACAAGGAGGAGGACAGCCAGGUGAUCCACUACGAUGACAUGGCAGUGGACAGACUGCUGGACCGGAACCAGGAGUCCGAAACCCCGGAGGAACCGGAGAUCGGAAGCAUGAAUGAGUACCUCGGCUCCUUCAAGGUGGCCCAGUAUGUGGUCAAGGACGAGGAGGAGGCGGUAAGGGUAUUUCUUGGUCAUACGCCAUUUUAGCAGACACUUUGAUCCAAAGUGACGUUUUACAUUUUUAGAAGGUCGACUCCUAAGUGGCCCAGAAGUUGUGAGUGUGUGUGUAACCGAUGUCUCAUUUGACACCGGCACACUUGAUCAAUGAAUCACCUUCGCACCUCUCUCCCUCCCUCUCACUUGGCCCCCCUCAGGAGGAGGAAGUACAGAGAGAGAUCAUCAAGCAGGAGGAGAGUGUAGAUCCAGACUACUGGGAGAAGCUGCUCAGGCACCACUAUGAGCAGCAGCAGGAGGACCUGGCCCGUAACCUGGGCAAGGGCAAGCGCAUCCGCAAGCAGGUCAACUACAACGACGGUUCCCAGGAGGACCGAGGUAGUAGACGGGGUAACAACAACAAACGCCAUUACUUACUUACAUGUGUGUGUGUCUGUGUGUGAGAGAAGCAUGGCGGUAUGCAAUGUGUAGGAGCAUGGAGGUUUGGGUGUGAGUGUCACCGAUGAAGUCUUAGUAACUGAGUGGUGUCAGGUGCUCGUGCUGGUUUGAUUAUUCCUUACCUACUGCAUGAGGCAUGCCUCUUCAUCUGUCACAGUUGUGGUGGGAAUUGGAAUUUUCAUCUAAUUUGCAUUACCUCUUCAGAAAGGCUCUGUGUCAAUUCUCAGAAAGCCUGGUAAAUUUUACAUUUAAGUCAUUUAGCAGACACUCUUAUCCAGAGCGACUUACAGGAACAAUUAGGGUUAAGUGCCUUACUUAAGGGCACAUCGACAGAUUUUUCACCUAGUCGGCUCGGGGAUUAGAACCAGCAACCUUUCGGUUACUGGCACAACGCUCUUACCCACUAAGCCCGGCGUAAAUCUUCAGAUACGUUAGUGAUCUUCUAUUCCCAACAAUAAUAAUCCAACCUAUUCAGAAUUACAUUAUGAUGAGUGGAUAUCUGUUCAAGUCCUUGUUAGUUUUAUGUUGGAAAGACUGCUUUCCUUGUUAACUUUUGACACCUGAAUACAAUGCAUUGCAAUGGCGUGAACAACACUACCCACAAUGCAUUGCAAGGCCACCAUUAUCUCAGGCUCCUCACCAAGAGGAAGAAAAUGCCAGCACCCGCCCCCACAAAAUGUGGCCCUCUUUUAUUCUAGUACCCCAAGAGAUGGAAGAAUGAGUUGGUUUGUGUGACUAAAUUCUGGUUGUGUGUUUGCUUGGUUUGUGUUUUUUGUACCCCUUCCCUCUUUUGAGUUGGGAAACAGUGCAUCUCUUCUCGCCUACUAACUGUACACAUACUAGCUUAAACAAUGUCCCACGUGGUUUGAGUCAGCUAUUCACACUCGGGCACUGCUUGUGUAUGUGUGGGCAAGUUGAGACACAUCACCCCCAUAUCUGUGACGGUGGUUUCCUUCUAGCGCUCUGUACUGGUUCUGGUUGUCAACCUUUCACUCGAAGUCAACUUCCUUGUAGAAUCUUCUCCCCCUUUUUGAAUGUUCAUCUUUUAAUAUUUGUUUUAAUAAGUUGAAGGAAGUUUCUGGACUGUGUACUGAAACUGCUCCCCGUGUCUCUUCUGUCUCCAAGCAGAUUGGCAGGAUGACCAAUCAGACAACAACUCGGACUACUCUGUGGCCUCCGAGGAGGGUGACGAGGACUUUGAUGAGCGGGCAGAAGGUAAGCGAAAGUGUUUGUGGACAGAUGGUGUCUCUGUCGGUGGUGUGUUUGUGAAGCUUAAGAGAAUAACUUUUCAUGUUUUCCUUUUUUUCUGGCGGUGCAGCCAACUCUCGCAGACCCAACAGGAAAGGUAUGCGAGGCGACAGGGACAAGCCACUGCCCCCCCUGCUGGCCAGAGUGGGAGGCAACAUCGAGGUCAGCUGUCAAUCAAUGUCCAUCGAUCACUGCACUCUGAACCAAUGCUCUGCAUGAUUCUGAAUGUGUUUGCAAUUUAGCUUAUCUACUGAUGGGCCUACCCACCACUUGUCUCUCUGCAUUCAAUUGGCAUAUAUAGAGGUUGGGGGUCAAUCUGUAGACUACCUGUUAACUCAACACUAACCCUGCCUCUCUGGUGUUCAGGUGUUGGGCUUCAACGUUCGCCAGAGGAAGGCCUUCCUGAAUGCAGUGAUGCGUUAUGGGAUGCCGCCCCAGGACGCCUUCACCACCCAGUGGCUGGUCAGAGACCUGCGCGGGAAAUCUGAGAAAGAGUUCAAGUGAGUAACUAACAUGUUAUAGUGUAAAUCAAAAUAGUAAUGCCCUGAUAUUGGUUGAAUUUCUCUUCUCUUUUUUUUUCAUCGGAUCCACUGCUCUUUUCUCCUCUUUCUUUCUUUGUCUCUCUCAGGGCGUACGUCUCGCUCUUCAUGAGACACCUGUGUGAGCCCGGCGCCGAUGGGGCCGAGACCUUCGCCGACGGCGUCCCCCGUGAAGGGUUGUCGCGGCAACACGUACUCACCCGCAUCGGUGUGAUGUCACUGAUCCGCAAGAAGGUAAAGCCCAGUUCCUGUUUGGGGUAGUUGGAGGAAUUCAAUUCAACUGUCAUACUUUUAAGUGAAAGUGUAACGGUGUUACUGGUCUUAUGAUGACGUAUGACCCUGUGUGUCAUUAUCUGUCCUGACUGCGUUCUGACCAUGUUUUCGACCAGGUCCAGGAGUUUGAGCACGUCAACGGCCAGUGGUCCAUGCCCUGGAUGAUGGAGCUGGAGGAGAGUAAAAAAGCUGCAGCCGCUGCAGCUGGAGCCCACCCCGACUCCCCAGGGAAGACGCCCUCUAUAGGCACGCCUGCAGACACACAGCCCAACACGCCCGCCACAGGUACAGACCGCUACAUACUCUUUCACGCCCCUCUCCCUGAUCCCUGCUCUUUCUGCAUUUCCUAUGGCUAAUCCGCCUUUCCCUGCUGUAUUGGCCUGUAACCCCAAUCUCUGCAAGUACGUACCGUGUCUCGCAGAGUGUAGACCCUCUGCUGCGGUAAUGCUUUUAACCCCUGUUCCCCUCUGUGUGCUCGCCCUCCCCAGCCCCCAAAACUCCCUCCACUGGCACACCCGCAGACACGCAACCCAACACGCCCGCCCCAGGUAAACCAACUCUGUCCCCCCCGUCUACCUCCACACCCUCUCACUGUUCCAGGACUCUUGACAUGCAGGGUCAAACACUGACUCAAGCACUGCUGCUGCUAUGUUGGUUUUAGUGAAACCACAAUAGAAUAAGAGUGUUUAGUGUGUAAAAUGUGGAACUGUCAAUGAAUGCUUAGCGAUGUGGAAAUUGGAUAAAAUAUGAUGUUCUGUUGGUUUAGCAGACGAUCCGUCGAAGACUGAAGACGCUGUGAAGGACGGCGAGAAAGAGGAGAAGAAAGACGGAGAGGUGGAGAAGGAGGAGUCCGGAAAGACGGAAGACCCAGAGGUAAAGAAUGAUACACUUGGUCAAUAGACUAGAAUAGGGCAAUGGCUAACCAAAGCCAACCAAUGUAUCAUACUUGUACAUGGGGUAUUGAUACCACGGUAUAUCAUUGUUGUGAAGUUUGAGAUUGAACUCCUUAUCCAGAAUGCUUAGGGUUAGUUUAGUAAGUUUUUUAAAACGUCUGUGUGUUCUGUGCUUCUGGUUGUAAUAAAUGUUCCUCUCUUACAGAUAAUUCCGAUCCCUGAUAAAGAUGAGAAGACUCCUUCCCCUGAACAGAAAGGGAAGGAAACAGAGGAAGAAGAGCCCAUGGAAACAGAAGAGCCUACCAAUGGAGAGGCGGGAAAGGAGAAGGAUGACGAGACUGCAGAGAGGAGUGCUGAGGGAGGAGAGGAGAGGGGAGGAGAGGAGACCAAGUCUCCAGCAGCAGAGGCCAAGAUGGACGUGUCGGAGGUCAAAUCUGAAGACUCCGAGGCCAAAGGUGAUGUCCUAAUAAAAUAUGCUUCAGUACAAUUUUUCCAUAGUACCUUUUCUAUUAUACACUCGUUUGCUAAUGUCUCCCCCUCUUUCUCUCCAUCCUCCUGGAUUUGCAGCAAAAGAGAAGACUGAAAAGAUGGACACCACUCCUGCCUCAGAGGAAAAGAAAGGUAGCUCCUCUCUCCAUUUCCUCUCUCGCUCAUUUUACCCUACUGUCGGUCCUGUGCCUUGCGUUGGUUGACGUUUCUGCUUCACCCCAUUUUCUAUCUGAUUCUGUCUGCAGAACAAAAGGAGGUGAAGGAGGGCGUGAAGGCGGAGGAGCUGGCCAAGCUGCAGAACGGGGACAGUGUGAAGGAUGGCGUGAAGGCGGAGGAGCCGGCCAAGCUGCAGAACGGGGACAGUGUGAAGGAGGGCGCGGCGGCCGGAGUCAGUGAGGAGAAGAAGAAAGCCAAGACAAGGUUCAUGUUCAACAUCGCCGAUGGAGGAUUCACAGGUAAGAGGACUGGAGUGUCACGAGGGAAAGAAUACGCACACAUGCACAGAUCUCAACUCUGUCUCAAUUGAGUUUCGGUUGGUUUCAUACACAUGUUAAGCACUACUCUUGGACUAAACUGCAUUUACAAUGGUAUCAAGUUCAAGUCUCAAUUGUUACUUCAGGGAAUCACUGUUCUCCCCCCUACAGAGCUGCACUCCUUAUGGCAGAACGAGGAGAGAGCCGCCACCGUCACCAAGAAGACCAAUGAGAUCUGGCACCGUCGCCACGACUACUGGCUGCUGGCUGGCAUCAUACAGUAUCCUUUUAUACCAGUGUUGACAAACUAUGCUGCCCACUGUGGGUCUUUGCAAACAAACAUUAGUGCAGCACUCUCCAAAUGACAGAACUCAGUGAUUUACUGUCAAAUCUUUCUCUUCAAAAUGUAACCGGUGCAACACUCAUUGGAAAAUUAGACCCAUGGGGCGGCGCACAAUUGGCCCAGCGUCGUCCAGGGUAGGGGAGGGAAUGGCCGGCAGGGGAUGUAGCUCAGUUGGUAGAGCAUGGCGUUUGCAACGCCACGGUUGUGGGUUCGAUAAAAUAAUGUAUGUGCUAACUGUAAGUCGCUCUGGAUAAGAGCGUCUGCUAAAUGACUUAAAUGUAAAUGUAAAAUUGGCUCCACGGUGGACUGCCUGUAGCAGCAAAAAGUACCAUCUCAACAUAUCUAUUAACUAUGACCAGCUUCAAGUAUUGGUCAAUGGUCACAUACAUUAGGCCAAUAUUGGUCAUACCGCAAACAGUGGGGCCAGUCUGUUUUGUUUUUCCCUUGACUCUGGCGACCCCUAGACACGGCUACGCGCGCUGGCAGGACAUCCAGAACGACGUGAAGUACGCCAUCCUCAACGAGCCCUUCAAGGCUGAGAUGAACCGAGGCAACUUCCUGGAGAUAAAAAACAAGUUUCUGGCCAGGAGGUUCAAGGUAUAAAGGCCUUUAUUAACGAUUAUCAUUUAUGAGCCAACCCUUCUUAUGUUUGUCAGCAGUUCUCAUUUUCACUCUUAUCGCAUACAGGUUUGUUGUGCUCCAUGUACACGCCAUGCAUUUGAAUUGAUGUAUUCUUAUCCACCCCUCUGCUUCCCCAUCUCCUCUCGUCCUUCCUCCCCCUAGCUGCUGGAGCAGGCUCUGGUGAUCGAAGAGCAGCUUCGCCGGGCGGCCUACCUCAACAUGUCGGAGGACCCUUCCCACCCCUCCAUGGCCCUCAACACGCGCUUCAGCGAGGUGGAAUGUCUGGCCGAGUCCCACCAACACCUCAGCAAGGAAUCCAUGUCGGGGAACAAGCCCGCCAACGCCGUCCUGCACAAAGGUAGCUAGCCAGCCAGCACUCGCCUAGUACGCAUGGGUCGAGUUAAUUUAGGGCACACUGUAGAAUAAUGUUGGCAACGGAAAAUUAAAAUGGUUCCUAUGGUACCUCCCCAUUUCACUUUGUGUCUGACUGUUUUGUGCCUACUGAACAUGACCCUGUGCAAAGGAAUAGGAAGAAUAGUCUCUUUGCUGACAUAAAACAGACCAUAAUACAUUUCUCAACCUAACCUAAAGUACCUUAAGGCUUAGUUGACGAUUUGUAAAGUUAAUAAUAAUGAAUAUGCUGCGUCAUUCAAAUCAUAUUACUAGCUAGCUAGUUAACCAAAUAUAAACUUGCCAUAAUCAGUCCUGCAAUUCCGUGGGCCACCACCAGAUAUUACAGUUAAUCUAUAAACAUUCUACAUUCUAUAAACCUCUACAUUCCUGUUCGGCACAGCAGAAGAUGAUGCGCCCAAGCUUGGAAUCAUGGCCCUUUUUAUAUAUUUAUUUUUGUGUGUGUAAGUUGGCAAGCACUUCCAGGUUCUCAUUCUCUCUCUCGCUUUCCCUCUCAGUGCUGAAACAGCUGGAGGAGCUGCUCAGUGACAUGAAGGCAGACGUGACCCGUCUCCCGGCAACCAUCGCCCGGAUACCCCCAGUCGCAGUGAGACUCCAGAUGUCCGAGAGGAACAUCCUGAGCCGCCUGGCCAGCAGAGGCCCCGAACCACAGCCUCAACAACCGCAGGUAAGCACCCACCCCAAAGAGGAGUGUGUGUGUUAA